CUCGACUUGCCAUAGGUUGACAUUGCGUGCUCAAACAUGGCUGCGCAUACAUUGAACAAAUCAAUGUUGUCCUUAGGACAAAUAAAUGGUCGCAUUUAUGGAAUUAAUGUGCUUAACCCGUUAAACAGGGCUACAUACGCGACGGCCUUGUCUACCAAUAAUUCUAGUCAGAAUAAAGGUGAGUUUACAUGCAAUAUACUGUUACGACGAGGAACGAUUAUGUCUGUAACUAACUGUUUCAUAAGAAAAUUGGAGACAACAUGGUUAGCAUAAUGAAGUUGGAUAUGUUUUUCUGACACAAUCAAUAUCAAUUUUAGGCUUUCCUGACAGAGGCAACAGAAGACCAAGGAGAGCGGUGAGCGAACAACAAGGAAUGCUUUGUUGUUACGAAUCAAAGUUCAUGAUACUCACUCGAGCACAGUCAAGUGGGAUUGCAAAACAAAUCCUUUCCAAUCCAAGUGUAGCUACCGGAUUGUAACGGGCUAAUGUGAUGCUCCAUUAUCCGUUACAGGAUAGGUACUGUUUGGCGUACCACAAACAUUUUCGACCAACCUUAAAGAGUGAUAGCUUCGUCCCGCAAAUAGACAUUUAAAUUACCAUUCAUAUUAACAAUUUUGACUUUUACAUGUAAUGUUACAGAUGGCUUCUGUAACAUUUAAUAGUAAAACAAUAUUUUAAUAACGGAGCAUGCAAACAAAUCUAACGAACUGCCUGCAACUGGACACGGAAUCUUUUUUGAAGAUACUAUACGUUUGGCCAAAUCAAGAACAAAGAUGGUAUUGCCAAGUUAAGGUUGGUCGAAAAUCCUCUGUGCUACGCCAAACCGUACCACUAUCACAUUAGCCCGUUACAAUAUGCAAGCUAAUCCAAAUGUAGAUUUUUGGCAUUUAUAGGAGUAAAGAUAAAAACAUUACAUACUGGCAGAUGUAGCCAUACAAGUUAACUAUUUACCAUAGGCGCAUAACGUUAUAGUUCCAAGGUGUAAACUGUGAGAAUUGUUUGCACUACAUACCUGGGCAUCCCCACUUAAUUGUCACCUAAAUAAAUACAACUUUCUGGUCACUUGUGUGCUAGUCUCGCAAGCCAUCAUUCCAAAUCUUGGCUACAUGUGUGUAAACAUUUCGCGCCCCCCAACUCUCCGCGGCAACUGUAAAUAGUAUAAUUUGUCUAUAAAAUUGUUAUAAGUACACCUCUGCAUAACAUUGUAUCCUUAUUAACAUUAAAGAAAAUAAAAAAAUAAAAAAUAAAAAAAUAGAUAUACUUACAACAAAGCCAGCCUUUAUUAACAUUGUUUUUUAGUCUGUAACAGAAAAUACUAAAAGUGCAUAAAUUUGCCUGAAAUUUAAAAAAAAAAUCAAACCUUAUUUAAACUGUAAACAUUUUUUGACCAUUUGAUACUGAAAAAUAAAAUAAAAUAUAAUCAAUAAAUAAUAAUACAUUCAAAUUGAUCAGCAACAUUAACUCAGGAGCACAAUAUAUGAAACACUUUGACCUAUAAAACAAAAAUGAAUAAAACAAUUUGUACAAAAUGAGGAAGUCAGGAUUAAUGGCUACAAUGAGCACGUUUUGCAGUGCACAGCUUUUCGAAGCGGGGUUUGAAGCAUGAUACUGCAAUUCUCAGCUCCUGCUCAAUGUUUAGCUGGGACCUGUACUUGGUCUUCAGUGCAGCAACAGCAGAGAAGCCAGUCUCACAAAGAUAAGAUGUUGCAAAAGGAAGAAGAAUGCCCAUGGCCCUCUGCCCUAAGAGUGGAUACUGCCUCUCUACACUCAGCCAGAAUUCACUCAGUGUCUGUGAUGUGAACCUCAGUCUCAAUGUGGAGUCAGACGUCAUAUCAAUGAACUGGUCCUCCUCUGCAGAGCUGAAACCAGUUGGAGCUGGUGCAUUGAAAGGAUCUCUCACCCAGUCAUAUUGGGAACUGUUUUCAGGGAAGUACUUUUUAAAGAAUCCCAUCAGUGAUGAAAUAUGCUCCUUAAUAUAUGGAAUCACUGAGGUGGCAUCAUAGUCAGUAGUGUCAACAAAUUCAUGCAGGUUCUCGAAUGAAUCAGUAUUUCCUUCAUCAAGUCGCCUGCCCCACAUUGCAAGCUUUCGAGUGAAAGAGCUGAUCUUGUCUGUGACCUGAGGGAGGUGUUUAUCUUUCCCUUGAAGCUGUGGAUUUAGUUCAUUUAGCUUUCCAAAUAUGUCACUCAGGUAGGCCAGUUUUGCCAGGAAGUUCUCAUCACAAAAAAUUUCUGCGAGGUCAUACAUUGUGCUCCUGCUCCGAAAACAUUCUUAUCUGCUCUCUGAGCUCAAAAACUCGGGACAAGACUUUUCCUCGUGACAGCCACCUUGCUUCACUGUGAAACAGCACAGCUUGAUGUUCAGCUCUCAUCUCCUCACAGAUCGCAGAGAAGACUCUUGUUUUUAGUGGUCUGGUCUUUAUAAAAUUGACUACACCUACAAUGUCAGUCAUAACCUCACUUAAUUCAGAGAAAAGGUGCCUUGAUGCCAGUGCUUCUCUGUGUAUAACACAGUGUGUCCACUCAGCAUUAAGUGAGGCCUUCUUGAUGAGUGCCCGAAGUCCUUUUCUCAUCCCUGCCAUGGUCUGUGCACCAUCACUGCAAACACCAAUGCAGUUCUCCCACUUUAGCCCAUUCUCAGUCAGAAAGCAGUCCAGCAUUUUGAAUAGCUCUUCAGCUGUGGCUCUGUCUCUGACAUAUUUACGAAAAAGUAGAUCCUCACACAGGGAGUUUGUCAUGUCAAAACGUACAUAAGCGAUAAACAAACAGUCUUUGUUGCUGUUAGUUGCUUCAUCGAACUGUAAGGCAAAACGUUUGUCUUUGAGUUUAUCUACCAGCUGUUCUUUAAGAUCGUUAGCAAUGUAAUUUAUACGUCUGGCGACAGUGUCAUUGGACAGAGGGAUAGUUUUUAUUUUUGCAGCACUUGCGUCAUCCAGCAUGACAGAGACCAUGUCUAAUGCUGCAGGCAGUAUCAGCUCCUCUGCUAUGGAGUGUUUUUUUUUGCACUGAGCAAUUUGGUACGCCACCUUAUAUGAUGCUAACAGUGCUCGCUGGUUUACUGAAGUAGCAUUCACAAAGCGGGACGAUUGUUUGCAAUUUUCGGCACGUUUUCGCUGAAAACUCAAGCGGCUUAUCAGCGUGAUUGGGGUGUAAUGUCUUUAAGUGACGCCUUAAUUUAUUUGGCUUCAUGCUGUCCGCUGCCAACAUUUUUAGACACAGUAAACAUACCGGUCUUUCCUCGUCUCCCACCGUAGUCACAGUGAAGCCAAGCGCUACAUACGCUUCGUCAUAUUUCCUCGUCUUAGCUUUCGGGAGACUUACGUUUGUCUCAGUAUCUCCGUCUCUCUCCGCCUUUCUUUUCAUCCCUGUUGAAUAUUUUUCCAUGGUGUCUCAUAAGGGUUUGUUAUCUGCACUUCAUAUCUCCUGCUCUGUGCUGUGUGCUCUUGUUCGGUGCAAAAAAAAACUACUCCCUGCGGCAAAAAAAAGCAUGUUCCCCGGGGUCACGCGCCCCCCCGGCAUCGCUCCGAGCCCCCCCAGGGGGGCGCGCCCCACUAUUUGAGAAGGACUGGCCUAAGUGAACAGUGACCCAACAUAGUGCCCUCUAGUGUACAAAUGUAAGUGGAACUAUACAAAGACAGAACAAAUUUAGACUACACAACCCAACAACCACAUAAGUAGGCCAACAUUACUCUUUCUGGUUACAGCACAUUAUGGUCCCUGGGUAGAGGGGCAUGUGAUCAGCCCAGAUUCUUUACCAAUAAAACAAAUUGUGAGGAAUUUAUCAAGUUUAUUCCAAGAUGUAUAUUGACAGAAGUAAAGCUAUAUUUUGAAGUCUAAUUAGUCUCCUUUCUCUCUGUUCCCUGUCUCCAUGGUGUGUGUCAGGCGGGUGACCCCAGGACAGACAGGAUGGCUGUAGACCAGGACUGGACUGCAGUGUACCCGACCGCUGCCCCCUUCAGACAGGGCUCUGUGCCCCUGCCCGUCCGCAUAGGCUUCCCAGUGAAAAGAGGGGUGCCUCCGGAGAAGAAGGGCAACCUGGAGCUCGUCAAGGUCAGUUCCUCACCUCCAACCUGACAUGUCAGAGCUUUUGAUUAUGUGACAGGCUAUCUGGCAUUGGGAUAUAAAUAAUUUGUACCAUUAAGGCUACAUAUUGUAUUGUGCUGUCAGAUCAUACAGGCAUUUAUGAAAACUCUUGUCUGUUUCAGAUUCCAAACUUUUUGCAUUUAACUCCAGCAGCCAUAAAGAAACACUCUGAAGCGUAAGUCAUAAAAUUGCUUAUUGAGAAACACUGUUACUGUAGUGAUAGUAUUUCAUCAAUAAAUAUACAACUGGUGGGUCUAAUCCUGGAUGCUGAUUGGUUAAAACCGUGUUCCAGCCGGUGUCUAUUCCACAAGUUACCACCGGCUAAGACGUUGAAAUGCCUAUUCACUAUUCCAUUUUACUGCACAAUCCACUGUCUCAUCAGCCCAGCCAGGCCAUUUAUAAACUUAAAUCUCCACUGUAAAAAGCAUCUAGACAUUAUCUCCCAUUUCUUUUAGACUAGUGUUUGGUUUUCAACAGCAGAGAUCUGUAUUAAUCUUGCUGCCUCUCUCCGACAUUUGCAAAAAAAAUUCAAUAUUGAAAUUCAAUCUCCAGCUGUCUCAUAGUUAUGAAUGUGUCGGGACGAGACAGACAGGCAACUUUUCUCAGCCAGUCGAAAUCAUGAAUCGGCAUCAUUUUUAAAACACGAAAUGCAGCUAGUGUGCUGUCAUUCCAGCUUCAGUUUGAAGUGAUUGUGUUAGCUGUGUAGUUGGCUAGCUCCUCUGAACAGUGUCCUGGCAGGCAAAAUCACGCAUCAUCCAUUGUUAUGGAUGUAUACAAAAAAAAUCACUAGAAAACAGCUUAAACAAACACAAAUGCAGCUACUUUGCUUUGUUAUUCUGGCUGCACUGUUUGACUGUGUUAGCCGAAGUUGGCUGGCUAGCAAGCAAGGAAAGACUGGCAACCGAACCAAUAGAACGAACGACCAGCCGGCUUGGAUAGCAACCCUAGAUUUGUGUCGGGACUAUAUCUUGUGGAAUAAAUUCAGCAAAAUGUUUUUAAUGAAAAUAUGUUAAUCAUUAUUUGAAUAUAUUGUGAUAAUGCCCUCUAAGCUGGUGUUUGGAGGAUAUAUUGGCACGGUUUUCCGGCCCUAGACUUCGUCUCGGGCAUAACAACACCUGUGUCAAUAUAUCCUCCAAACACUGGCUUCUCUGGCAUUAUCACUUAAUUGUGUCGGGACGACACAAUUAAGUGAUAAGUGUUCUGCACAGAGUGGCCCUCUGCCCUGGACACAGAUGCUAAAUGUGAUGAACACUUCCCUGUCAAAGUAAAGAGCAAGGACUACGUGUCUGCCGGCACCUCCCUCAGAAACCCAUCUGCCCGCAUAGUCCACCUCAGAGUGAGUGUCUGUCUUCAGGGGGUUUAGGUUACAUUUUUAAAAUACUAGCAAAGAGUUCAAUUUGACUCUUUGACCUGUAUUUGACCCUUCUCAACCAAAUCCAUAUAAAGUGCAGAGUUAUCCUCUUUUGUGUAGAAGGGAUCUUGAGAUUCUCUUAACAGCUCUCAUCUCAUGUUUGGUUGACCUUUCAGGAAAUGUCUCCAUUGUCCGGAUCUAUGCUCUUAAAGGAAAAAUCCACCCAAAACCACUCAUUCCUAUAAUGUACAGUGUUAAAUAACACUGUGAGAACAAUAUUUUUUGUGAACAAAUGUUUCAUUUUGGCGUUUUAUAAUAAGGUUGGUAGCAACGUGAAAACCGUUGUGGAAAUCUGUUGCAGCUCACAUCGACUACAAAAUCCACAAUGCAAUGCUCUAUGGGCUUGCUAGCUAGCAAACGUAGCUACAUACAAUAAUAACAAAGACAAUAUCAGCAUGUGAAGUAGCCAGUUAGCUGUAAAAUCACUUAAACAAACUGCACUAUCAAUUUAGGAGUUUACAGUCUCACCAUGUUCAACCUGCAGAUUGAUGUGCCUCAGAGUGGGGUCUGACAUUUGCAACGGCACCAUGCAAUGCACCCUGGACUGAAGAGGCAGACAAAUACGAGAAAUGUGCUAGAUUCUCUGUUAAAUUACACAUUUCUCGAGGUAGGAAUAUACCGCAAAAAUAUGAUCAAUGGCUCAUUCGAGAGAAGACAACCUCGCGAGUUGACAUCAGCCAGUAGUGAAAUCUGACAUGUAUGAUAAACGCAAUCUAAAAGUCAUAUUCCUAUUAACUUCCAGUGUAGUGAGAGCGGCUUUAUCGCAAUGCUACGUCAUACCGACCGAAGAUUUGCCUGCUGGAACGCCAAUAACUCAGAUAAACAUGAAAUGACCCAGGGAAUCGAUAGGAUAUUACUCAGAGAUGCAAAAAAAAUAACAUUCAAAAUGGGUGAAUCUUUCCUUUUAAGCCUAUGAAACACUGCUCUAAGAUACUUCUACAAUGCAUACCUUUUUCAUAGCGCUGUAUGAUUGCAAUAUUCCAUCAUAUGAACAUACUUGUCACAAAUAGAGAACGGCAAUAGGCAUGGAACCUAAAAACAAUUGACAGUUUUCAACAACAAAAAUGAAAAACCUCUAGAAGAAUUUUGUGAUUAAUCACCAGCCAUCUGCUCCACUGACACGUUCCCCUUAGAUUACGACCUCGACACAGGAAUUAUUUAGCCAUUAAUCCCCCUGGAUUAGUCUGAGAAUCAAAGAUAGAUUGCAGGAUAAGCAGGGUCCAGGAUACAGAUGAAACAGACUGAUACAAUUUCAGCCCACUGUUCUCAGGCUCGCCACACAACAGCCUGGCUGUCAUGGGAAUAACAAAAAACACUCCCAGCUUUAUGAUAUAAUCUGAAUGAAAAGAUAAUACUCCUGCAUCCCUCGUAAUUGCUAUCCAACUAUGUACAGUGCAUUCGGAAAGUUUUCAGACCCCUUCCCUUUUUCCACAUUUUAAGUUACAGCCUUAUUCUAAAAUUGAUUAAAUAAAUAAAUAUCCUCAUCAAUCUACACACAAUACCCCAUAAUGACAAAGCGAAAAAAAAAGUGUAAUUUUUUUUGCACAUUUAUGUAAAUAAGGUUUCUGUUUUUUAUUUUUAAUAAGUACUCAGACCCUUUGCUAUGAGACUCGAAAUUGAGCUCCGGUUCAUCCUGUUUCCAUUGAUCAUCAUUGAGAUGUUUCUACAACUUGAUUGGAGUCCACCUGUGGUAAAUUCAAUUGAUUGGACAUGAUUUGGAAAGGCACACACCUGUCCUAUAUAAGGUCACACAGUUGACAGUGCAUGUCAACUCAUCCUUGACCGCUGGCCAUGUCCCUUCCGUCUUCAAGAGAGCGAGAGUUGCUCCCCUUCUCAAAAAACCAACACUCGACCCCACUGAUGUCAACAACUACAGACCAGUAUCCCUUCUUUCUUUUCUUUCCAAAACUAUUGAGCGUGCCGUCUUUAGCCAACUCUCUUGCUAUCUCUCUCAGAAUGACCUUCUUGAUCCAAACCAAUCAGGUUUCAGGACUGGUCAUUCAACUGAGACUGCUCUUCUCUGUGUCACGGAGACUCUCCGCACUGCUAAAGCUAACUCUCUCUCCUCUGCUCUUGUCCUUCUAGACCUGUCUGCUGCCUUUGAUACUGUGAACCAUCAGAUCCUCCUCUCCACCCUCUCCGAGCUGGGCAUCUCCGGCGCGGCUCACUCCUGGAUUGCGUCCUACCUGACCGGUCGCUCCUACCAAGUGGCGUGGCGAGAAGCUGUCUCCGCACCACGUGCUCUCACCACUGGUGUCCCCCAAGGCUCAGUUCUAGGCCCUCUCCUUUUCUCCCUAUACACCAAGUCACUUGGCUCUGUCAUAUCCUCACAUGGUCUCUCCUAUCAUUGCUACGCUGACGAUACACAACUAAUCUUCUCCUUUCCCCCUUCUGAUAACCAGGUGGCGAAUCGCAUCUCUGCAUGUCUGGCAGACAUAUCAGUAUGGAUGACGGAUCACCACCUCAAGCUGAACCCUGGCAAGACGGAGCUGCUCUUCCUCCCGGGGAAGGACUGCCCGUUCCAUGAUCUCGCCAUCACGGUUGACAACUCCGCUGUGUCCUCCUCCCAGAGUGCGAAGAGCCUAGGCGUGACCCUGGACAACACCCUGUCGUUCUCCGCCAACAUCAAGGCGGUGACCCGCUCCUGCAGGUUCAUGCUCUACAACAUUCGGAGAGUACGACCCUGCCUUACACAGGAAGCGGCACAGGUCCUAAUCCAGGCACUUGUCAUCUCCCGUCUGGACUACUGCAACUCGCUGUUGGCUGGCCUCCCUGCCUGUGCCAUUAAACCCCUACAACUCAUCCAGAAUGCCGCAGCCCGUCUGGUGUUCAACCUUCCCAAGUUCUCUCACGUCACCCCCCUCCUCCGCACACUCCACUGGCUUCCAGUUGAAGCUCGCAUCCGCUACAAGACCAUGGUGCUUGCCUAUGGAGCAGUGAGGGGAACGGCACCUCUGUACCUUCAGGCUCUGAUCAGUCCCUACACCCAAACGAGGGCAUUGCGCUCAUCCACCUCUGGCCUGCUGGCUCCCCUUCCUCUGCGGAAGCAUAGUUCCCGCUCAGCCCAGUCAAAACUGUUCGCUGCUCUGGCACCCCAAUGGUGGAACAAGCUCCCUCACGACGCCAGGACAGCGGAGUCACUCACCACCUUCCGGAGACAUUUGAAACCCCACCUCUUUAAGGAAUACCUGGGAUAGGAUAAAGGAAUCCUUCUACCCCCCCCAAUUGUAAAGUGGUUAUCCCACUGGCUAUAGGGUGAACGCACCAAUUUGUGAGUCGCUCUGGCUAAGAGCGUCUGCUAAAUGACGUUAAUGUGCCCUUGAGCAAGGCACUUAACCCUAAUUGCUCCUGUAAGUCGCUCUGGAUAAGAGCGUCUGCUAAAUGACUAAAAUGUAAAUGUAAAAUGUCAGUGGCCUCCAUCAUUCUUAAAUGGAAGAAGUUUGGAACCACCAAGACUCUUACUAGAGCUGGCCGUCCGGCCAAACUGAGCAUUCGGGGGAGAAGGGCCUUGGUCAGGGAGUUGACCAAGAACCCGAUGGUCACUCUGACAGAGCUCCAGUGUUCCUCUGUGGAGAUGGGAGAACCUUCCAAAGGACAACCAUCUCUGCAGCACUCCACCAGUCAGGCUUUUAUGGUAGAGUGGCCAGACAGAAGCCACUCCUCAGUAAAAGGCACAUGACAGCCCGCUUGGAGUUUGCCAAAAGGCACCUGAAGGACUCAGACCAUGAGAAACAAGAUUCUCUGGUCUGAUGAAAUCAAGAUUGAACUCUUUGGCCUGAAUGCCAAGCGUCACGUCUGGAGGAAACCUGGCACCAUCCCUAUGGUGAAGCAUGGUGGUGGCAGCAUAAAUGCUGUGGGGAUGUUUUUCAGCGGCAGGGACUGGGAGACUAGUAAGGAUCGAGGUAAAGAUGAAUGGAGCAAAGUACAGAGAGAUCCUUGAUGAAAACCUGCUCCAGAGCGCUCAGGACCUCAGACUGGGGUGAAGGUUCACCUUCCAACAGGACAACGACCCUAAGCACACAGCCAAGACAAUGCAGGAGUGGCUUCGGGACAAGUCUAUAAAUGUUUUUGAGUGGCCCAGCCAGAGCCCGGACUUGAACCUGAUCAAACAUCUCUGGAGAGACCUGAAAAUAGCUGUGCAGCGACGCUCCCCAUCCAACCUUACAGAGCUUGAGGAUCUGCAGAGAAGAAUGGGAGAAACUCGCCAAAUACAAUUGUGCCAAGCUUGUAGCGUCAUACUCAAAAAGACUAGAGGCUGUAAUCGCUGCCAAAGGUGCUUCAACAAAGUACUGAGUAAAACAUGUUUUUGCUUUUCAUUAUGGGGUAUUUUGUGUAGAUUGAGGGGGGGGGGGAAACAUAACAAAAUGUGGAAAAAGUCAAGGGGUCUGAAUACUUUCGGAAUGCGCUGUACUUAUGUGAUACGCCGAGCCUUGUGUAUAAACUCUCCCAUGUGAGGUACAUACAUAUGUAGCACGUGUGAAACCCAUUCCUAAGCCUGAAGUGUUCCCACUGCCGAAUAGCUAGCUUCUCCGAGGCGUGAAUGUUCUCUACGUUUCUUCCUAGGUUCCUGCCUUUCUAGGGAGUUUUUCCUAGCCACUGUGCUUCUGCGUCUGCAUUGCUUUGGGUUUUUAGGCUGGGUAUCUGUAUUAAACUUUGACAACUGCUGACGUUAAAAGGGCUUUAUAAAAUAAAUUAGAUUGAUUGUAAGACGCUUCAGGAGGGUGGUUACGUGUGUUUGCAAGGCCUGUGUUUGAGCCUUCGUAUGAGCCAAAUCAGAAGGAACUGGUACUCGCUAAGCAAGCAGCGCGAUGUCCAUUAGACAUGCAGUAAUCUUUUGUUUUCCACCCGAUCUGCACAGUGUUUACUGAUCACUCAGUAGCAUGGCCUCACUUUAAAUUAGUAUGUGACUCAUCUGAUGAAAGUAUGGGGAUUUGACCAAUGGGGUCAGGGUCUUAGUCUCAAUACUGAGAAGUGUGACCUUUUUUAAGGUUUUGUUUUGGUUGACAUUGUGCUGGAACAAUGCGAGAGGAUAGCCUACUCGCAAAGAUGCUAUUCUAUAAUCCUUCUCCUGAAAAGCCUCUUCGCAUCUCGUAAUUCACGUCUUCUCUUCCAAGAACUUCAGCUGUCACAAAGCUGUAAGGGGGAAGAAUGUUUUCUGCAGCAUGAACCAUAUCUGCUGGUCAUUUUCCAUUAUUUCAAUUCCAUUCAGUAGACUGAGUUUAAAGAUUAACUGACUUACUGCUGCAGAGUUUCAACAUUAGCAGGGAUGACUGCAUCUAUUGUUUUUGAUGUGUUGAGGGCAUUAAUGGUUUUAUUUGAAUCAAUUUAGCCAAAGCCAAUAAGUUUCAGUAUUAUAAUGUCAGAUUUCUGUGUCUUUGUCCACUCAGGUGAAGCUCUCCAGUCUGAACUUGGACGACCAUGCCAGGAAGAAGAUGGUUAAACUGGUAGGAGAGAGGUACUGCAAAGAGACGGACACACUCACCAUCACCACUGACAGGUAAGCAGCACCACCUGUUGUUCAAUGUGCUAUUACCAAUUACUUCUAAUUCCUCUUGACUAAAAGAGGCUAAAUAAGGUGUUGGUCCUUCACUAUUGUCAUUGCUUUACAGUAAUGUAUUUUAAAUGGAGAGGUUUUAUUUCAACUAACCCUGUAUUUCCUGAUAAAUGUUUUUCUUUCUUUUCUCCCCAUUGCUCCUUCAGCUGCCCUGUGAGACAGCAGAAUUAUGACUACGCCAUGUACCUCCUGACUGUCCUCUAUCACGAGUCGUGGGUAAGUGUCUUAUUCCACUACUCUGACUAGUCAAGUCCAGAGACACAUUCAGCAGGGCAGAAUAUGGAAAGGUCAGAUAUACAAUAUAUUCCCAUCUCUAUUCAUGACAUGUCUAUCUACUCCGUUCAGUAUGUUGCGUCCUCCUAAAGGCGACCCUGGUCAAUACCAAAGCGCUUGAGUAGACAUGAUCCUCCACCUAACCUCACAACCUAGCCAGCCCAACUGCUAAUAGGUAGACAGUGAGUAGACGGAUGGUCAGGCAGCCAAGGCCAUCACUGUGCAGAGCAUCAGAGACCCCUGAUGGACUAGGAAAGAGAUGCAUGAUACCUUAAACCGUCCCUAGAGGUAAACGGCUUGGAUAUACAUUACGGCUUUGUAAAUAGAAAGAGCAUUACAGGCUUUUAUGUUGCCUUUCAUGGAAGUCAUGCAUAUUACAGGGAUUCACUAUUCAAGUCCCCCCCCCCCCCCCCCCCCCCCAUGCUGAUCUAGCUUGCAUCCCGUCUCCCCUUGGUGUGAAAGAGUAAGCCCAUAAGGGAGCUAUGAUGCAUGAGGAGAAUAGGUAGAGGGAUGGUAUACAGCAGCAUUGUCCCACUGUCAUUUCCCCUCUAAACAGGAGAAAAUAGACUCCAGUAUCAGAUGCUGACCCUGCCACUUAUUCACAGCACGCCAACUCCAACCAACACCUGAGAAAUCCACCAUCAGGGUUACCAGCACAGGCUGCUUUCACAUGAGAGUACAGCCACAAGGGACUUAAUGGCUCUCCCUGUUGUGCCUUUGGGAGUUCUCUCGCCAAGGCAGCAGGGUUUAGCUGGUAAAAAGCCUUGGCUUUUUGUGUCUCUGGGGAUUGGAGUACGAGCCGGGAAGCGGAACACUGUCCGCUGCCCUUUGCAUACACAAUGGAAGGCACUGUGCAGCCUGCAGGUUGGUGGAAGCUGUGAGGGGGAAGCCGUGCUCCGGUAGUAACACUAGCCCACAAAGAGGUCGCUUGUUAGCCGCCGCUUAGGCGAUUCUAUCACUUCACUCAGUGAGAUGGACUCUCGACUCUCUGGGCCUGUUGCUAAUUCCACUGUGGGCUGUUGAUCCAGGCCGGUGCUCCACCGUGACGGACCACAGUCCUCCACCACAGCACAGCAGGGAGUGUACUGUACCGUACCAUCUCCCCCGCUGGGCACUAGAGGCACUCCAAUCCACAAGUGACUAUUUAAUCUGUCCAUCUCUUAUUUGAGUGCCCCAGUACUCUGUGCUCCACUCCAGUAAUAAAACCCACAAAUGUCCUCCUGUAAAACAGGUGCUUGUUGGUCUGUCAACAUCAUCACUGUCUGUAAAAUAUGUUUUAUUGUCACAUACACCGGAUAGGUGCAGUGUAAUGUGUUGUUUUUACAGGGUUAGCCAUAGUAGUACUGCACCCCUGGAGCAAAUUAGGGUUAAGUGCCUUGCUCAAGGGCACAUUGACAGAUUUUUCACCUUGUCGGCUUGGGUAUUCGAACCAGCAACCUUACUGGCCCAACGCUCUAACCGCUAGGCUACCUGCCGCCCUAUCGUCGCCCACUUCUCAUUCACUGGGCUACACCCUGUGGAGACGAAAGCAAUGGGAGAUAUGGAGUCUGGGACCAAUGGUCAGCUACCUGUUUUAACUCGGUUUGAUUAAAACGUGAACUACUGUAUGUUGAAUCAAAUGGCUUAGAUUCUAAAGCAAACUAACUGAAUCAAUGUGAUUGAAAGGGACUGCAACACUAGUUGACCCUGUGAAGAUAGUGUAAUAAUCCUGACAGUCAGGCUAAAGAGGAAAGGAGAGAAUCUCUUCUCCAGCCAUCCCCAUCGUACCACCCUGUCCGCUGGAGGGGUUGGCCCUCAGCCAGCCUGGAUAUUAGGGACCAUAUAGAUGUAAUGAGGGUCAUUAACCCCAAGAACCAGGGCUGCAGGGGAGCUGCUAUGGCUGUGUCGUCCCCUGCUUUAAGCUCCCACACAAUGGGCCUAUUGUCCUCUGGGGAAUGUGAUCGGAGGGAGACAGGCUGUGGUGGAGGAACUCCGCACCACGUAUGGAGAAACCCUAUCUCUUUGAGAGGACAGGAGAGCAGAGCAUCACAGAAGGGUAACUAGGGCACUCGAGGUUCCACACUGCUCUGUCCCCAAACCCACAAUCCCAAGAGGGGCAAUCACAGACCCCUGUGGGACGCCUUAUCUUAAUGUGUCACAUACCUCUCAUCUGUCAUAUAUUGAGUCAAACUGAUUAAUCCUGGUUAGCAUUUUGUCUGAACUUAUGUAGCGAACAAUGUUGUGCUAUUCCACUUAUUCUGUCUAGAAAGUGGAGGCCUGGGAGUCUGAGAAGACUGUGGCAGACAUGGAGGAGUACAGCUGGGAGAACAGCCCCUCUCAGAAGAACGCCCUGUCCACAUUGGACCUCGUGUGGGCAGCGGGAGAGGCGGUGAGGGAGGAACUGCUGGGGAGACCAGAGGUACAGGAGUACAGGGACUCUGUGACCACACUGAAGAACGAGGGAGAGAGCGAGGGCAGCGUACUCCAGUACAGAGAAGCUGUGAAGAAACUACUGAACCUCUAAUAUACAUACAAAUACACACACACACACUAUACAUACAGAUACACACACAUUAAAUACUUUAUUUGAAUCCACCAAUCAAAUGUACAAAAAAAGGAUCCAAACAUUUCAAGGGUCCCUGUAUGCAUGGCACUCAAGGGUACAGAAAGCACCUCCUCCAAACAGCUAGGCUGCCCACGACAGCUGAAACAGAGCAGUACCUAGCCAAUUGCUUUGCCCUAGUUCUUGUCAGGCCCGCACUGCAAGCCUGUGUACAUGGCCGAGAUAUCAGCGCUACCAGCUUGUACCUACACCCGAGGCUGUCCAAGUGUGCCAUGGGGCUCCAUGUAGCCGUCAAAUGAGCAGCCCACUUCCCAAAUGAGCGCCUCCCCCCACAACAACAAUAUUUGGAGUAUUUUGCACACAGGAAAACACAACAUCAAACCAGCUUCCCCUUACACAACAAUGUUUAUUCAUGUGUGCUGUUGGUGAGACUUUCUCACCUCGCUGGCUAUCAGGUCAACAAGGCGGUCAUGUCUAGCAAUGUACAAAUCCUUGUAUGAACAGCAGCCAUUCACAACAUGGACAAUGGACUCCAUUACAUUUGACUCAUGUAAAAUGCAAAAUGGGUCAUGGUUUGCAGGGUACCAGAGUGCUAGAUUUAUAUUUUGUUGUAGAACUUGCAGCCUUGCCUUAACAGUAUAGGUGAGAAUGUCCUCGCCAACGGCAGCAUUCUGGUACAUGGAAUGGGAGACAUUGGCCGGCACAGUCCAGAGCAGCGAGUUUCCCCUGCAGCGUCAGGCCAGUCCAGUGUUGCAGUAGCUGCAUCCAUCUGAUACCAAGGAGUGUUGUCCUGGAUGUAGGAUGAGAUGUUCCAUCAUGGGUGACAGAAGCCCCCACAACAACACCGCGAUCUACCACAACUGCAUCAGAGACCGUCACUGGCUCAGUUUGCAUAUCAGUCCAGUUGCACAGGUCGUUGAGGUCCGGCCAGUCUGACCAGACUCCAAAGCCCACAUCACGAGUGUCCAAUUUUCCAUUUUCCUUCCUCCUGAAGCCCAGGAAGUUUUCCUGUGUCCCUGGCAGUGGAACCUUCCUCCUCCGUAGGUCCAGAGGGAGGGAGGGAGGCUCUGGCUAACUCCUUAACUGUUACAUUGUCAUUGUUGAGCAUGUUCAACAGGUGAGUCAGUCAGGUAGCAGUGUAAAUCCACUCAAUAUUCGGGGACACCUAAACCCCCCUCUUUGGCUCAGGAAGACAACGUCACCUGUGAUGUGUCUUUUAAGCAUAGCCACUUCCUCACCACUUGAACAGUUUUGCAGCGUUAUCACUUCAGGUCCAAUCGCGGGACAGUGUAGUCAUCAAGGUAGUGUAGUACAAAGACCAGAAUUCAACUUCUACACAUUUUUACAUUUUAGUCAUUUUAGCAGACGCUCUUAUCCAGAGCGACUUACAGUUAGUGAGUGCAUACAUUUUUCAUACUGGCCCCCCUUGGGAAACGAACCCACAACCCUGGCAUUGCAAGCGCCAUGCUCUACCAACUGAGCUACACGGGGCCAUCUAUAUACACCCUGAUGUUGACCAAUGCAACGUUAAGAGACAAACCUAUCUGAUUUCACCACACACAGAAUGUUAUGUCUGUUACUGUCUUUUGUGAAAUAUUUAUUGACAAAAAAUAAAUAGACCUCGGUUAUAUUUCUGUAAUACAAUUGUCCAAUACAUGUUAUGCUAUUAUCCAAUGUAAAACAGAGCUUGAAGCAAAAAUGUAUUCCUUGCAUUGUAAAUAUAAAGCUUUUCUUUUUCUCAAGUUCUGAAAUUUGGGCUAAGUUCUUAAUGUUAUUUAAACAAGUGCUUUUUACAUCAUUGGACAGAUGUUUACUGUAUUACCAAACCCCCCCCACCUUCUUCCUGGCUUCAACCCCAUCCCCUUCUCCCUUCUGGCCCAGGGAGACAAAGAGAAGCACCAUACUGAAAGGACGCAUUCAGCAAUGGGCCGAUCAUCUUUAAAAAAAUAAUAACCCUUCAAAAGAGUUUCUGCUCUGGUCCAUGUGGUUCUGGGUCAGGUGAAACCCGAUGCGCAGGAGAGAUAUUCUGGAGGAGUGGUGGCAAGAUGGGUCUAAGCCUAAAAUAUUCCCAUACACCACAGUCCAUUUAGUAACUUACUGCCUCAGAACAAAACGGGGCUUGUAGCAGCAUUUGUGCUUGGAAGCCCCCAUCAAUGCACUUAAGAGCAGAGCAGACACUGGACACAGUGUAUAGAGUUUGGCAUCAAUCUGUUUGAUUUCAUUCGACCGCAUCAAAAUGCAAGUGACCUCAAAAUGCAUCAGAAGUUACUCCAAGUCUCAAGCUAUUACCAAACAACGGUAACCACAAUCCUCACAGCAACUUUGGUCUUACAGCUUUAGCAUGUGCUUGCAAAAGUUGCAAAACUAUCUACACCACUAAGUGGUCGCCGUCGCCUCUUGCUGAAUUAUUGUUUCUGAUGUAAACAGUUCUCUAGUGGAAUAAGCAUUACACUACAUUACAAGCUUUGUUGGUCCCGGUUGUUGACCCCCACAGUUACCUCACAAGCUCUCCCUGAUGAUUACAUACUUAAUGAGGGUGAUGGACCCCCCCUUCCCCCUCCAGGUGGUCCUGUACCGCCCCUUCCUCUUCCUCCGACCCCUUCCAGCUCACCAGCAGCAGCACCGUGACGACCGUCACUGCAGCAACCAGCAUGGUGUGAGCCACCACGUGCCACCCUGGGCCCAAACCACCCCGGGAGGGGGACUCACCCUGGCUACCCUGGCCGCCUUCUCCCCCCACAGCCGCUGUGUGGUUCCUGCCCACGUAGCCCUUGGUGUUAUUGGGUCCUGCUUGUUACUGCCGUUCAUGUUGGCUGCAGGGGCCAGGGUGGGAGCUGGUGGUAGUGGCACCCCCGGCUGUGGGUUGCUGGGUAGGGGUGGGGGUGGGGGGCUGUAGGGUAGUGGUGGGUUCCCUGUGGGUUGAUGGAUAGGCAGGGGUGGUCUGGGCGGUGUAGGGGGCAGCUGUGGUGGAGGCCGGGGGAGUGGUGGUGGUGGGGGCAUGGGUCCCCAGGGUGGGCAUUAUGGUGGAGGAGGGGGUGGAU